AUGAAUGAUUGGGUUGACAUGACUGCAAAAGUAGUUUAUAGUACAGGUGAUAAUUAUUCUGUACAAAAUUUAUCAUCUUAUGGACCAAUAUUUGGUAUUAGCGGCUUAUUUAUAGGUAUUGAUUCUUGGUACGAUGGUUCGCCAUCAUUUUAUCCUAAAAUAGAUAAUGUACCAAUAGGAAGAAUUUUAUCAGACGAUUGUGAAGUAUUUCACGUUAUUAGGAAAUGA